CGGUCACAUUAAGUCAUGGCUAACCCCUUCGCUCCCUCUCCUUUGCAGGAUGAGUUUCAUCCGUUCAUCGAGGCCCUACUGCCGCACGUGCGUGCCUUCGCCUACACAUGGUUCAACCUGCAGGCGCGCAAGCGCAAGUACUUCAAGAAGCACGAGAAGCGCAUGACCAAGGACGAGGAGCGCGCCGUCAAGGACGAGCUGCUGGGCGAGAAACCUGAGGUCAAACAGAAGUGGGCCUCGCGCCUCCUGGCCAAGCUCCGCAAAGACAUCCGGCCCGAGUGUCGCGAGGACUUCGUGCUGACCAUCACGGGCAAGAAGGCGCCCUGCUGUGUGCUCUCCAACCCCGACCAGAAGGGCAAGAUGCGGCGCAUCGACUGCCUGCGGCAGGCCGACAAGGUGUGGCGUCUGGACCUGGUCAUGGUCAUCCUCUUCAAGGGCAUCCCGCUGGAGAGCACGGACGGCGAGCGGCUAGUCAAGGGCGGCCAUUGCGCCAACCCCAUCCUGUGUGUGCAGCCGCGGCACAUCAGCGUCUCCGUCAAGGAGCUGGACCUCUACCUAGCCUACUUUGUGCAGGAGAGAGAGUCGGAGCAAAGCAGUAGCCCCCGCACCGGCAUUGGGUCUGACCAGGAGGACAGCAGAGCCCCCACCAUGGAUACCCCUGAGUUCCAGGACAGCUUUGUGACGUCUGGGGUGUUCAAUGUAACAGAACUGGUGCAAGUGUCAAGAACUCCGGUGGUGACGAGCUCCGGUCCCAACUUCUCCCUGGGGGAGCUGCAAGGCCACCUGGCCUACGACCUCAACCCGUCAGGGGUCGGCAUGAGGAGGACCCUCCCCAGCACGUCCUCCAGCGGGAGUAAGAGGCAUAAGUCCGGCUCCAUGGAGGACGACAUUGACACCAGCCCCGGAGGGGAGUACUACACUUCACCCAACUCCCCCGCCAGCAGCUCCCGCAACUGGCAGGAGGAGAUGGAGGGAGGGAUUUCCCCCACAGUGAAGAAGACAGAGAUGGAUAGUCCGUCUCCCCAGGAGAGCUCCCCACGCCUCGGCUUCACCCAGCACCACCGGCCUGUCAUCGCAGUGCACAGUGACGGUCUCUUCCCCCACCCCUUUCUCUCUCCAGGCAUCAGCAGGAGUCCGCACCCCUCCUCGUCUUUGCACUUCCCCACCGGGCCGCUCCUCCCCCAGUCGGCCUCCUCCUACUUCCCCCACACCGCCAUCCGCUACCCUCCACACCUGGGCUCGCAGGACCCACUCAAGGACCUCGUCUCCUUGGCCUGUGACCCAUCCAACCAACAGCCCAGCCCGCUGAACGGCAGUGGCCAAGGGAAGGUGCCCAGUCACUACAUCUCGUCCCAGAUGCUGGCGCCCCCACCACCCCCCGGCAUGCCCCGUCUGACGUUGCCCCCUGACUCCAAAUCCAGCACCACCACCGCGGAUGGAGGAGCCAGUUCUCCCACGUCACCCACAUACUCUGCUCCAGGGACGCCACCUGCCAACCGCUCCUUCGUAGGCAUCGGACCUCGGGACCCUAGUCUCUAUCAGGCACAGUCCUGGUACCUAGGCAACUGACGGACACAUGGACAAAGGCCACGAGCAUGAACAUGGAUUUCAGAUUCAUCACUUUGUGGAAUUCAGAAAAAUCUAAAAUGUAAACAAGAUGCAAGAGGGAAAAAGUAUAUGCAUAUAUACGAGGUAUAUAUAUAUAUAUAUAUAUAUUUAUAUAUAUGCAUAUAUAUACUGUGUCUGCUUAUACAUAUCUAAAUAUAUGUAUCUCCACAUAUAUGUAUAUUUAGAUAUGUAUACUGAUCUAAAAAGAUGCUUCAGUACACCUUUUCGAGAGAGGACCGCAGAGGAGAGAAAGGCCCUGGACAGAGACUAAAGGAGAGAAGAGGAUGUUUUUGGGGCAGCCACAUGAACUGAUGAGGGGGGCAAAGACACUACCCUCCCCAAAAAAAAUCGACCCCAGCAAACUUCCCCCGUCCUCCUGGGCCACCCCUCCUCGAUGCUGUCCCUUCCCCCUCAGCUACGGUGCUGCUUUCUCAUAUAUGCAAAA